CGUGGGUCGAUUCUGGCCAGCAACGAGAAGCAAGCCUGGUUGGUGAGUCUGGGCCUCGCGUUUGACUGGCAUCUUCCGUUCAGGUCCCGAGCCGAACAGAUCGUCCGUCCGUACGCUCACUCCCGUCUAGAUUUCCCCGAGUUCGUUGGAUCCUCCCUUGAGCCUGCAAGAUGACUGACCCCGUGGGUGGAGAUUGCGAGACUUUCGCCUUCCAGGCCGAGAUCGCCCAGUUGAUGUCCCUCAUCAUCAACACGUUCUACUCGAACAAGGAAAUCUUCCUCCGCGAGUUGAUCUCCAACUCGAGCGAUGCCUUGGACAAGAUCCGCUAUGAGUCGCUGACUGACCCGUCCAAAUUGGAUUCUCAGAAGGAGCUCUUCAUUAAGAUCGUGCCCGACAAGGACGCCAAGACCCUGACCAUCCAAGACAGUGGCAUUGGGAUGACCAAGGCCGACUUGAUCAACAACUUGGGUACGAUUGCCAAGUCUGGCACGAAGGCUUUCAUGGAAGCCCUGCAAGCCGGCGCUGACAUCAGUAUGAUUGGUCAAUUUGGCGUGGGCUUCUACUCUGCCUAUUUGAUCGCCGAUAAGGUGACGGUGACCUCCAAGCACAACGAUGAUGAGCAGUACAUUUGGGAGUCGUCGGCCGGCGGUUCCUUCACCAUCCGCACCGACCCGGGCACGCCCAUUGGCCGUGGCACGCAGAUUGUGCUCCACUUGAAGGAGGACCAGACCGAGUACUUGGAAGAGCGACGGAUCAAGGAGGUGGUCAAGAAGCACUCUCAGUUCAUUGGUUACCCCAUCAAGUUGUUGGUCGAGAAGGAGCGCGACAAGGAGAUCUCCGACGACGAGGCCGAGGAUGAGGACAAGAAAGAGGACGAGGAGAAGAAGGAAGGCCAAGAGGCCGAUCAGCCCAAGAUCGAAGAUGUGGGCGAGGAUGAGGAUGCCGAUAGCAAGGAGAAGAAGAAGAAAAAGAAGACCAUCAAGGAGAAGUACACCGAAGACGAGGAGCUCAACAAGACCAAGCCUCUGUGGACCCGGAAUCCCGAUGAUAUCAGUCAAGAGGAAUACGGCGAAUUCUACAAGAGUCUGACCAACGAUUGGGAGGAGCAUUUGGCCGUCAAGCACUUCUCCGUCGAGGGCCAACUCGAGUUCCGCGCUCUACUCUUCGUGCCCAAGCGCGCUCCCUUCGACUUGUUUGAGAACAAGAAGGCCAAGAACAACAUCAAGCUCUACGUGCGACGCGUCUUCAUCAUGGAUAAUUGCGAAGAGCUCAUCCCGGAAUACCUGAACUUCAUCCGUGGUGUGGUCGACUCAGAGGAUUUGCCCCUGAACAUCUCCCGUGAGAUGCUUCAACAGAACAAGAUCUUGAAGGUCAUCCGCAAGAAUCUGGUCAAGAAAUGCAUGGACCUGUUCGAGGAAUUGGCCGAAGACAAGGACAAUUACAAGAAGUACUACGAGCAGUUCUCCAAGAACAUCAAAUUGGGCAUCCACGAGGACUCGACCAACCGUAAGAAGUUGGCCGCUCUUCUGCGAUACUCCACCUCCGCCUCCGGUGAUGACAUGUGCUCGUUUGCCGACUAUGUGUCCCGCAUGAAGGAGAAUCAGAAAGACAUCUAUUACAUUACCGGGGAAUCCAAGGAGGUCGUGGCCGCCUCGGCCUUCGUCGAGCGUCUGAAGAAGCGUGGACUCGAGGUGGUCUACAUGACCGAGCCCAUCGACGAGUACGUCGUCCAACAACUCAAGGAAUACGACGGAAAGAACCUCGUGUCGGUCACCAAAGAAGGACUCGAGUUGCCCGAGGAUGAGGAGGAGAAGAAAAAGUUCGAAGAGGCCAAGACCAAGUUCGAGGGUCUGUGCAAGGUCAUGAAGGACAUCUUGGACAAGAAGGUGGAGAAGGUUAUCGUAUCCAACCGCUUGGUCAACUCACCCUGCUGCAUCGUCACCAGCCAAUACGGUUGGACCGCCAACAUGGAGCGAAUUAUGAAGGCCCAGGCUCUGCGCGACACCUCCACCAUGGGCUACAUGGCGGCCAAGAAGCAAUUGGAAAUCAACCCCGAUCACUCCAUCGUCGAGAAUCUGCGACAGAAGGCUGAGGCCGACAAGAACGACAAAUCUGUCAAGGAUCUCGUGCUAUUGCUCUUCGAGACCGCCCUGCUCAGCUCCGGAUUCUCCCUGGAAGAUCCCGCCGUUCAUUCUCAACGCAUUCAUCGGAUGAUCAAAUUGGGCUUGGGUAUUGACGAGGAUGAGGCCGAGGUGGCCGGCGAGGAUAACGCCGAAGAGAUGCCCGAACUCGAGGGUGACGAAGAUGACGCCGGUCGCAUGGAAGAAGUCGAUUAAACUGCCCCAUGUCACUCGUCUAAUCAGAUAUGAUCUCUCUGUGUUGUUUUUUUAUUUCAUUCUGAUAUGUCUUGUGCAUAAGCAUUGCGUCUUAGAACAAACAAUUCCCCACAUUCUUGUCAGUAUCUUGGUAACACACCUAAUGCUUCUUGGACUCUUAAAUAAAGACCAAAGUAAACGCCAA